UCCUACACUUGUUCCAAAUUUCAAUCACUCCUAAGAUAUUCCAAAGAGCAUUCACCUCGGUCAGUUUCCAUAUAGCUGCGUGGUACUCUCGUCACUUGGCACAGGCAGACGAAGAAGGGGACUAAUGGGUAUGCCCUCCUCCAUUCCCAUUUUCUUCCUCCUCCUCUUCUUGAGUUCAUUCUGCAAACCCGAUGAUACUCUUACACACACAAAGCCACUAUUUUCUGGCGACAAGCUCGUCUCCAAGGGCGGGGACUUUGCCCUCGGCUUCUUCUCCCCACCAAGCUCAAACACAAGCACAUACAUUGGUAUAUGGUACAACAACAUCCCUGAGCACCCCGUCGUCUGGGUCGCCAAUCGCGAUAACCCAAUCGUCACUACCUCACCAUCCACGAAGCUCGCCAUCACCAACGAAGGUUGCGACAUGGCGUUGUUCAACUCCGAAGGCCACACCAUCUGGACGACGUCGAGCAACAUAACCACCGGCGCCCGAGACGACGCCGUGAGAGCAUACGCGGUGCUGCUCAGCUCGGGGAACCUGGUCCUCCGGUACCCAAACGGCACAUGCAUACGGGAGAGCUUCGACCACCCGACAGACACCCUCCUCCCGUCCAUGAAGUUCCUGAUGAGCUCCAAGACGCGGGCCGUCGGUCGUCUCGUCGCAUGGAAGGGCCCGGACGACCCGUCCUCCGGCGAUUUCUCCUUCAGCAGCGACCCCAGCUCGCCG